AAAGAAAAAAAAAUGAAUUUCUCCCUCCCUAAUCUAAGAACCCAUCCUUUUCUCCCAAAAUCCCUCCACAUUCUUUUUAUAUGUACAGCACUUAUUCCACUGCGUUUCUCUCUUUCUCUUCUUUUCUUUUUCACUCCCUUUCUCUUUAUCGCAUGAUCAACAUUUCCCUUCCUCUCCCAAUCCUUUCAAUAUCACUUAAUUUCACCAUUUAGUUUCUCUUUUUUUUUUUUUUUCAUUAAGGUUACGUUUCCUAUAAAUUCGAAAAUUUCGAAAUUAAAAAACCUGGAAGAUCUGGAGCCAUUACCGACUACCACCGGCAACGGCCAGAUCCGGUACCGAACGCCAUCCUCAGCCGAGCUUCUCGAGUCUGGUCCAACCGGAGGCGCACAAUCCCCCACCGGAAACGGCACCACCGAUCACAUUGAAAAGAUGAUGAAGCGGUCAAUGGCGAGGCACGAGUCCAUCUCUGACAAGAUCCACAAGUACCGAGGCGUUUUACUGGUGAUCUCCAUCCCUAUCGUGCUCAUAACGUUCGUAUUGUACGUGAUGCCGGGGAAAUCGGCGUCCAAUGAGGCCGUGGUGCAGGGGGUCGAGUUAAAUAUUAGGAAAGUAGGGGCAAAUUCGAGAGGGAAUAGGAAUUAUGCUGUGAUUUUCGAUGCGGGGAGUUCCGGGAGUCGAGUUCAUGUUUUUUGUUUUGAUCAGAAUUUGGAUCUUGUUCCAAUUGGCUCUGAAUUAGAGCUUUUUGAACAGAUCAAACCAGGUUUGAGCUUCUAUGCUAAAGACCCACAGGCUGCAGCAAAUUCAUUACGUACUCUUCUUGACAAGGCAGAAAGUGUUGUGCCGCUAGAUUUGCGAUCAAAGACUCCUGUGAGAGUUGGGGCAACUGCUGGUCUGAGGGCAUUAGAAGGUGAUGCAUCUGAUAGAAUUUUGCAUGCGGUUAGUGAACUUCUGAAAGAUAGAAGCACCCUCAAAUAUGAGGCAAAUGGGGUCAGAAUUCUGGAUGGCUCUCAAGAAGGUGCUUAUGAGUGGGUGACAAUAAACUACCUAUUAGGAAAUUUGGGAAGGACAUAUGCAGACACAGUUGGCAUAGUCGAUCUUGGUGGUGGAUCUGUUCAAAUGGCAUAUGCCAUCUCCGAGAAUGCUGCUGCAAAGGCUCCAAGUGUACCAGCUGGAGAGGACAAUUUUGUAAAUGAAAUGAAUCUGAUGGGAUCAAAAUAUCACCUCUAUGUUCACAGUUAUUUGCGCUAUGGCUUACUGGCAGCUAGAGCUGAAAUUUUGAAGGUCUCUGAAGAUUCUGGCAACCCUUGCAUCUUAGAGGGUUUUGAUGGUACUUACAAAUAUGGAGGAGAAGAAUUUAAAGCGUCAGCUUCUUCAUCAGGCACAAGCAUGGAAGAAUGCAGGAGGGUGACUCUCAAGGCUCUUAAAAUAAAUGAAACAUGUACACAUAUGAAGUGCACAUUUGGUGGUGUAUGGAAUGGUGGAGGUGGAGAUGGACAGAAGAAUCUGUUUGUUGCUUCGUUUUUCUUUGACAGGGCUGCCGAGGCCGGUUUUAUUAAAGCCACUGAUCCAGUUGCAAAAGUUCAGCCUCAAUAUUUUGCAGAUGCUGCUAAGCGUGCUUGCGAAACUAAGUAUGCGAAUGCUAAAGCAACAUAUGAACAUGUGGAGGAGAGUAACCUGGCAUAUGUAUGCAUGGAUCUAGUUUACCAGUAUACCCUGCUCGUCGAUGGAUUUGGCCUUGAUCCCUACCAAGAUAUUACAUUGGUAAAGCAAGUGAAAUACCAAAAUUCCCUUGUGGAAGCUGCUUGGCCACUGGGCAGUGCCAUUGAAGCCGUAUCAUCAUGAAGUAACCAAGUCAUGCGGCUUUGAUCACUCACCGGAAAAUUUUACGUGGCUCGUGGUUCUUAAGCAUCGGCGUUUCUUAAUUAAAUCCACAGUCAAUAACGAGCAAGUAAGCAUCAGCAUGUGGUACCGGAAAUCAGAUUUUGGUGGGAAUAAUCGAAGACUAGAGUCUCAUUUUAUCUUCAUUUGUAAUUACAUUAUUAUUACCAGGUGUCCCCAUUUUUUUAUAUAAUUUUUGUGAGAGAUUUAAUUGAAUUAGUUCAUUUAGUUUGCCCUUUUGGAACAAACAGAUUAUGAUACGAUAUUACCAAUGUGUUCGUGUCCUUAAUGUUUUUAAUUUUUUGCUAGUAAAAAGCAAUUUUCUCUAAAUU